AAUCGUAAUCUGGUCAGUUGUGAUAGGGACUGCGUCCGAGAAAGCGGUUAUUGUGAAAGCAUUUGACAAAGUAUAAAUAAAUGCAACACUAAAAAAAUAAUAAUAAAAUAACGUCUACAAAGAUAAACAAAACUAUUGCGAGGGUCUGAAGAAUAGAAUAAAGUAUGGCUGGGAAACAGCUGAAUGAGAAACUGGAUGAAUUGGAACAAUGGUUCAAGGAAAAUCCUAAUUUACCGGAGGAAAUUGAUCGUGUUCUCUUGCGCCGCUUUUUCAAAUGUAUGUACUUCAAUAUGGAGGAUACCAAAAAACUCAUUGAAUUAAAUUUUUCAAUGCGAAACAAAAAUCCACAAUUAUUUAUCGAUCGGGAUCCCGAGGAGGAUGCGGUUAAAGCAGUGCGAGAAGCAACGGACAUGAUACCUCUACCUGGCCUAACACCAGAAGGAUAUAAAAUUCUAUUCUAUCGGCUAGCAGACUCGGAUCCCAAAAAGUUAAAUAGCAAGGUAGAAUGUAAGACAGCCUUUUUGCUCGCCGAUUGUCGUUUUGCCGAUCUCGAUUUGGAAGAGCAGCCACCACAAACAAACGCAAAGGAAUCGAACGAAGAUACGAAGUUGGCGUCUGCCACUGAAAAAGAAACGCUGGACUCGCUGCAAAAUGACGCGCUGGAAGAUAACUUCAUAUCCAAUGGUGAAGUUCAGAUUUGUGAUAUAUCCGGUUAUACUUUAUCCCACUUGACACGCAUUUCGUAUCCGACCUUGCGCAUGUACAUGAACUUCCUGCAAGAGGCAUAUCCGGUGCGUUUACGCGCUAUGCACAUCAUCAAUUGUCCGCCAUUCUUGAACUCAAUGAUCGCUAUCGUCAAACCUUUCAUAAAUGAUCACGUCUAUAAUAUGAUUCAAUUCCACACCGAGGGACUGGAUAGCUUAUAUGAAAAAGUACCACGCGACUUGUUGCCCAACGAAUAUGGCGGCAAAGCGGGACGAAUAGCGGAGUUGAAACAGAAAUGGGCAGAGGAGCUAAAAACUAAGAGGGAUUACUUAAUGGACCCAAAGCAGUGGAAAAUUGCACAAACUCAAAACGCACGGCGGUGGUAUUGGUUUUGAAGUUUCACCGGUUUUUCUUGCCUCAUUCGUCUAUAAUAUAUAUUAAUGUAUGUAUGUAAAUAUGUGAAUUCCUGCAACUGUAUACAUAACUAGUAAUGUUUUGAAGCAUUCAUUUUUUGAAUUUCUAAUGUUUUAUGUGAUAACGUUAAUGUUGUUGUUUGGGGUAUUACACGCCUAAUAUAAUCAAUAUGUAGAUUAAAUUGUAGUGAAUUUUUCACUUUUAUACUUUGAAAAUUAUUAUACUACACAAUUGUACAUUAAUAUU